AAAUGGGAUUCAACACUUCUGUAGGCCUACACUUAUUUUCGCCAGAUCUGAAUUGGAACGCCCUACGUAGGCCUACUCAAACUAAGGCUAACACCGAGAGGUCACACAGCUACGCCCCCGCUCUGUACCGCCUCACCACACAGCUCUGCCCCUGCGUGUGUGUGUGUGUGUGGGUGAGAGUCUUGCAGUGUGUUAGUCGGACCGUGGUCAGCAAAACCAGACCGGGACGGCUUCAGCAUGCGAAAAGAGAGCCCGUUGCUGAGGUGGCUCCGCUGGAUUGUUGCUGUAGCUGCUGUUUUGCUGGUGGGCUUUGUCAUAGGCUGGUUCGCAAGGCCCACGUCUUCACACGUGCAAGGAGAUGGGACCUCCAGCCAAUACCUGAGGAAGUUCCUUGACGAGAUGAAAGCAAUCAACAUCAGAGAGCACCUUAGAAAGUUCACCAGACUCCCCCACCUAGCAGGCACCAAGCAGAAUUUGGUGUAUGCAGAACAAAUCCGGGAGGAGUGGCUUAGCUUUGGACUGGACUCGGUUGAACUGGUGCCCUAUGACGUCCUGCUGUCGUAUCCCAACAAGUCGCAGCCCAACUACAUCUCCAUUGUGGACCAGCUGGGCAAUGAGGUCUUCAACACCUCCCUGGCCGAGCCCGUCCCCGAUGGGUAUGAAGGUGUUGCUGACAUUAUACCUCCGUACAGUGCAUUCUCUCCCAAAGGACAACCUGAGGGGGAGUUGGUGUAUGUGAACUAUGGCCGCACCGAAGACUUUGUCCAGCUCAAGAGAGAGAUGGGAAUAAAUGUAACUGGGAAGAUAGUGAUUGUGCGCUAUGGGAAGAUCUUCAGAGGAAACAAGGUGAAGAACGCCAUGCUAGCAGGAGCCAAGGGCAUCAUCAUGUUCUCGGACCCAGCCGACUACUCCGCCGUCGGGGUGCAGCCCUACCCUGAUGGCUGGAACUUACCCGGGGGAGGUGCCCAGAGAGGAAAUGUACUAAACCUGAAUGGAGCUGGAGACCCCCUCACACCAGGCUACCCUGCUAAAGAAUACACCUACAGAUCCAACCUAGAAGACGGGGUGGGUCUCCCCAAGAUUCCUGUGCACCCCAUUGGUUACCAUGAUGCCAUGCACCUGCUGAAGAACAUGGGAGGAAGGCUGCCACCAAACAACUGGAAAGGAGCCCUGAACGUUUCCUACAGUAUCGGACCGGGCUUCACAGACACCUUCAGAACACAGAAAGUGCGCAUGAACAUCCACACCAAUAACCAGGUGACCAGGAUCUACAACGUGAUUGGUCGGAUCAGAGGAGCUCAGGAACCAGACCGCUACGUCAUCCUGGGGGGGCACCGGGACGCCUGGGUGUUUGGCGCGAUCGACCCGAUGUCCGGUGCAGCCGUGGUCCAUGAAACCGUCCGGAGUGCGGGGAAACUGCUCAGCAAUGGUUGGAGGCCUAGGAGAACUAUCAUAUUUGCCAGUUGGGAUGCAGAGGAGUUUGGACUGCUGGGAUCAACCGAAUGGGCCGAGGACAAUGCCAAAUUGUUACAAGAGAGAGCAGUGGCCUACAUCAAUGCUGACUCUGCCAUAGAAGGUAUGUAUACACUUAGGGUAGACUGUACUCCAUCGCUACACACCCUGGUAUAUGACCUAACAAAACAGAUAGCCAGCCCAGAGGAGGGAGAGGAGGGAGUGUCUCUCUAUGACAGCUGGCACAAGAGAGACAACUGGACUAGUGACCGCGAUGCCCCCAGGAUCAGUAAGCUAGGUUCAGGCAGUGACUUCGAGGCCUACUUCAUCCGGCUGGGCAUCACUGCUGGUCGAGCCAGAUACACCAAGGAUCGGAAGACGGAGCGAUACAGCAGUUACCCAGUCUAUCACAGUGUGUACGAGACCUUUGAGCUUGUGGAGCGGUUCUACGACCCCACCUUCAGAAGGCUUCAGGCGGUGGCACAGGUUCGGGGCGGGCUCAUAUUCCGGCUGGCGGAUUCCCAGCUUCUCCCCCUGGACGCUAACGAAUACGCAGGGUCUCUGAGGAGGUAUGUGCUGAGCAUCGCAGAGCGCGCAGAGAAGCACCCUGAGGAGAUGAAGAUGUACAGAGUCACAUUUGAUGCAUUGUUUUCUGCGGAGGAGAAUUUUACUAUUGCGGCAAGAGAUUUCCAUGUACGACUGCAGAACCUCAACAGAGCAGACUCACUGCAGGUACGCAUGGUGAAUGACCAGCUCAUGUACCUGGAAAGAGCUUUCAUAGACCCCCUGGGCCUCCCUGGCAGACCCUUCUACAGGCAUCUGAUCUUUGCUCCCAGCAGCCAUAACAAAUAUGCAGGCGAGUCUUUCCCAGGCAUCUAUGAUGCCUUGUUCGACAUUGAGAGUUCAGCCAAUCAGCAGCAGGCGUGGCAGGAAGUCAAGCGUCAAAUCAGCAUUGCGGCCUUCACCGUCCACGCAGCAGCCAUGACACUCACACAACCUGCCUGAGAGAGAGAGAGAGAGAGAGAGAGAGAGAGAGAGAGAGAGAGAGAGAGAGAGAGAGAGAGAGAGAGAGAGAGAGAGAGAGAGAGAGAGAGAGAGAGAGAGAGAGAGAGAGAGAGAGAGAGAGAGAGAGAGAGAUUCUUAACACAUGUCAUUCAGCAACAGCCAGAGACAUCCUGGACACUACGCCUCCUGGAAUAGUGCUACAUCCAUCAGCACCAUCAAGGACAGACCUUGUUAUGCCACAUCUUUAGAUUGAUAUUUUGCACAAUCGUAGAACAAAACAAGGAAGGUCUGUGAAACAUGUUAAUGGUUUUGUUUAAAACCCUCUAGUACAUUUGAACAAAUAAAAUUCCAUUCAGAAUUGUAUGCAAGAACAAUGUUGGUGGAUUCAUGUGAUUUAAUUAAUUAACCUACAGCAGAAGUAUCAUUCCCAUUAACUGUGCUUUGGAGAUCUUUAAAUAAUGAAUGAUUGUCAACCCCACUAGAUGGCUUGUACAUCAUAAAGCUGAUAAACUGUUAAUACUCCUGGGUCCAAUGUAGGGAAGUCAUCUAAGGUAGGGUGUCAUUAAAUGUAGUACAAUUUUACUUCAUCCAGUUUGUUGCUUGCUUCCAUGGCUGCUGGGCAGAUUUGCUUUAUAUCUGGCAACCCAGGGUACUCCGAGAAGAAUAUAUGAAUCACUAACACCGGCCCGGAACAAAUUUCAAAGGAGAACAUACUGGCUGUAGUAUUGUUGCGAGAAAGCCAGGAUUUCGAUUUAACCGGUUUCCCUAAUCUCUGACAUAUGACAUAUAAGACAAAAUCAGACAACAUUUGAGCUAUUACCCUCAGGUGGCAGGUUUCAAUACCCAGCCCUCUCCAAAAAAUAGGACAAAGCAGUCAUUCAUUCCACAAUCCAUCAGCUUUUUAAACCAACAACUAGAAAGAAGGUUUUAAUUAUUCUCAGCGGGUCUGACAAGGGAACACAAUAUUUUCUUACAUGACUUUUUUUUUUACCCAUUGUAUGAAUUUAUUCUGAUGGCAUGUGGAAUACUGGCCACUAUGCACUUGUGAUCUGUAGCCAGGGGAUUCUGUUUUGAUGUCAUGUCUGUCUAAAGUCUAAUGUCCUUAUAUGUUUCCUUGUAUUACGUGGGAAAAAAGAUUUUGGGGUCUUGUUUAACGGUCAUGUGUCUCUGUCUCAUUCACUGUGAAAAAAAAAUCCCGAAGGGGACAAUAAAUGAUCUAUAUAUCUAUCUAUC